CAAUUGACAAUACAUCAACUAUUACCAAAUGAUUAAGAGAUUGAAUAAUCAUGAUACACCAAAACACAAUUCUCUCUCUGUUACCAAAAUGCAAAACUACGAGUAAUUUAAAAAUAUUGCACGCUCUAAUACUUACAACCGCAACUAUUAAAACUAUAAUAAUCCCUUUAAGCAAGCUUAUUGAUUUUUGUGUUGAUUCACAAUUUGGUGACAUUAAUUAUGCAAACCUAUUAUUUCGCCAAAUUCAUUCUCCUAAUGUUUAUAUCUGGAAUUCUAUGAUAAGAGGUUAUGCCAAAUCUCAAAAUCCAAAAAUGUCUUUGCUUUUGUAUAGAGAAAUGCUACAAACUGGGUAUUCCCCUGAUCAUUUUACUUUCCCAUUUGUACUCAAAGCAAGUUCUGUUAUUUCUGAUCAAUUUUGUGGAAAAUGCAUUCAUAGUUGCAUAGUUAAAUCUGGGUUUGAAGCAAAUGUUUAUGCUGCUACUGGGUUACUCCAUAUGUAUGUUUCAUUUAGAGAUAUGGAGUAUGGGUUGAAACUGUUUGAUAAAAUUCCUAAGUGGAAUGUUGUUGCUUGGACUUGUUUGAUUGCUGGGUAUGUUAACAAUAAUCAACCACGUGAAGCUUUAAAGGUGUUUAAAGAUAUGGGCCACUGGGGUGUUGUGCCUAAUGAGGUUACCAUGGUGAAUGCUUUGAUUGCGUGUGCUCGUAGUAGAGACCUCAAUACUGGAAAGUGGGUUCAUGAAUGCAUCCGGGAAGCUGGUUAUGACCCUUUUAUGUUAACAUCUAAUGGUAAUAUCAUUCUUGCAACUUCCAUUAUUGAAAUGUAUGCAAAAUGUGGUAGCUUGAAUAUUGCAAGGGAGUUGUUCAACAAAAUGCCGAAGAGAAAUAUUGUUGCUUGGAACUCUAUGAUUAAUGCUUAUAAUCAGUAUGAGAGGUAUAACGAGGCACUUGAUCUCUUUUUCGAUAUGUUGGCAGCUGGCUUUUGUCCUGAUAAGGCUACUUUUCUGAGUGUGUUGAGUGUUUGUGCCCAUCAGUGUGCUUUGGCAUUAGGAGAAACUGUUCAUGCUUAUCUAUUGAAAACCAACAUUGUAAUAGAUACUUCCCUGGCAACUGCUCUUUUGGACAUGUAUGCCAAGAAUGGUGAAUUAGGAAGUGCACAAAAGAUUUUUAAUAGUAUGGAAAAGAAAGAUGUGGUGAUGUGGACUAGCAUGAUUAAUGGUUUAGCCAUACAUGGUCAUGGGAAUGAAGCUUUGAGUAUGUUUCAAAUAAUGCAAGAAGAUAGUUCUCUAAUCCCUGAUCAUAUUACUUAUAUUGGAGUAUUAUUUGCAUGUAGUCAUGUUGGAUUGGUUGAAGAGGCUCAAAGACAAUUUAACUUGAUGACAAAGAGGUAUGGUAUAGUGCCAGAAAGAGAGCAUUACAGUUGCAUGGUUAAUCUUUUGAGUCGGGCAGGUCAUUUCGGAGAGGCAGAAAGAUUAAUGAAGACAAUGUCAAUAAAACCAAAUAUUGCAAUAUGGGGUGCUCUUUUAAAUGGUUGCCAGAUUCAUGAAAACAUCGCUGUUGCUAGUCAAGUGAAAGUGCAACUAACAGAGCUAGAACCUGUUCAUAGUGGAAUUUAUGUUUUACUAUCUAAUAUAUAUGCUAAUGCUGGAAGAUGGGAAGAGGUAAAUAUGACUAGAAAAAUGAUGAAGCAUAAAAGGGUUGCAAAGAAUAUUGGCCAAAGUUCAGUUGAAAUGAAGCUGUUUACCUUAUGAUCGUCUCAAGAUUCAUUUGUUGUCUCAAAUUAUAAAUAAUUGACUGCUGGAGUUGCUUCAACAUGGAAAAGCAGAACCAUUGUUUACGGGAGCAAUUUUUCAUUCCCUUUCAGCUGCUGGAGUAGCUUCAAUAUCCAGGUCCUGUUAAUUAUGGUACUCACGAGAUACCAAUAAUUUACUUUAUCAUUAUGUGAUUUAAUUAAUAUUAUUUGUACAGGUUCCUUGCUGCCAUCGGUUAGCAUUAGUGAAAAUAUAUGAUGUAGUUUGCUCCCAUGAUUUAUUGUUGGAGGAGUAGGAGUCUCCGGGUCCAACUUUCGAGGGGCACCAAAAAAA